UAUUUAGCCGUUUGUACACGUAGAUAUGAGAGUGUUAUUACUGUUAUUAUCAGCGAUAAUACGUGCGACAAGGACAGCCGGAUUGGGGGGGCAAGCAAUAAGAAUUGUGUUGUGUGUAUGUGUGUAGCGUAAGAGGCAUGUAGUGACGGUAUCCUUCGACUCGUUGUACGAUUGAGAUAAAUAACACAUGAACUAGACAGAAUCCAAUCGUUCGCCAGUCUGACUAGUCGUUCGAUUAACUCUAAGUACUGAGAAUAUGCUGACGGAGUUGCAGCCUAUAUGAAUGUGACAGCUGUGCUCCAACAAACUUUCACUUUAUUAUAAUUGGAAAACUAACAGCUGUCGCGAAGGCUGUGUUUCAAUUUGCAGUAGGCCACUUAGUUCACGCUUCGAAGAAUUCUAAUAUCAAGUUUCUCGGCCGUAGUAUCAGUUUACCGCCGUCUUAAUAAGAAAGUAACAAUUUAUACGAUGGAAUCAUUAAAGAGGAUGUUGCUAAUCAAAAGAUCGGCAAGAACGUUAUUGUCGUCUCGUUCUCAGCGCAUUCCACAGUGCUAUAGAACACUUACAUCUCAACAAGUGUUCGAUCGUGAAUCUAAAUAUGGUGCUCAUAAUUAUCAUCCACUCCCCGUGGCUGUGUGCAAAGCUCAGGGUGUCUUUAUGUGGGACGUCGAGGGAAAACGAUACUUUGAUUUUCUAAGCGCAUAUUCGGCAGUUAAUCAAGGCCACUGUCAUCCCAGAAUCUACAAAGCGAUGAUCGACCAAGCGAAGACUUUAACUCUAACAUCCAGAGCAUUUUAUUCUGAUGUUUUGGGUGAAUUCGAGGAAUAUAUCACGAAACUUUUCAGCUAUGACAAAUGGUUGCCGAUGAACACGGGUGUGGAAGGUGGUGAGACGGCAUGCAAAUUGGCGCGCAGAUGGGGAUACUCGUGCAAGGGCAUACCGCAGAACCGAGCAAAGAUAGUGUUUGCGGAGGGCAACUUCUGGGGAAGAACUAUGAGCGCCGUCUCCGCGAGUACCGAUCCCAGCAGCUACGGCGGUUUCGGGCCGUUUAUGCCGGGCUUCGAGAUCAUACCCUACGACGAUCUCCCGGCGCUCGAACGGGCUCUCGCCGAUCCAAAUGUCUGCGCCUUCAUGGUGGAGCCUAUCCAAGGUGAAGCUGGCGUUGUAGUUCCUAAGGACGGAUAUCUGAAAGGAGUUCGAGAGCUCUGCACGAAAAACAAUGUUUUGUGGAUCGCGGACGAGGUGCAGACCGGCCUGGCGAGAACGGGGAAGCGGCUCGCGGUGGAUUACGAAAACGUGACGCCGGAUAUCCUGAUACUCGGUAAAGCCCUGUCCGGAGGAUUCUAUCCCAUUUCCGGCGUAUUAGCGAACGAUCCCGUUAUGCUCACAAUCAAGCCCGGCGAGCACGGGUCCACUUACGGUGGUAAUCCACUGGGAUGCAAGAUCGCUCUCGAAGCGCUUCGCGUUCUGGAGGAGGAGAAACUUGCCGAAAAUGCGGAGAGGCUCGGUCACGUGUUGAGAAACGAGCUUGGCAACCUGCCGAAAGAGAUAGUCACUUUGGUGAGGGGGAAGGGCCUCUUGAACGCCAUUGUUAUUAAUGAAAAGAUAAACGCCAUGGAUAUUUGCUUGAAAAUGAAGGAACGCGGGCUCUUGGCGAAACCGACGCAUGGACACAUCAUUCGUCUGGCACCGCCGUUAGUCCUCACGGAGGAACAGUUACGCGAGUGCGUGGAUAUAAUUUCUAAAACUAUUCUCACGUACAAGUUCAUCGUAUCCGUCGUAUCUUUUGUCAUAUCUUCUUUCACUUUGAUAUAUAAAAGCAAGAUUGCUAGAAUUGUCAUCAGAUGCCUACUUUCUGACGUCCUGCGCUCUUACUUGUGUUUAAAAAAAAAAAAGAGUGAGGAGAAAAAUAUGGCCAUGCAAUCUGUAAGACAGAGAUUCUUCAGCAUCGUAAGAGAAUCGGACAAGAGAAGAUUCCUGAGUUCCCAGCAAGUGAUCGAUCGUGACAACAAGUACGGCGGUAUACAUUUCAAACCGCUGCCAGUUGUUCUUUCUCGCGGGGAAGGAGUCUAUCUAUGGGACAUAAAUGGAAAGCGCUACCUUGAUUUCCUGGCAGGAUUCUCGACUGUCAACCAGGGCCACUGCCACCCGCGUCUGGUGAAAGUAAUGAGAGAUCAGGCUGGAAAGCUGGCGCAUACGUCAAGAGCCUUCUACUCGGAACCUCACGGCGAAUUGGGAGAGUAUCUGACAAAACUCCUGGGAUGGGAUCGAUUUUUACCUAUGAACACAGGUGUCGAAGGAGGUGACACGGCCAUAAAAUUGGCCAGACGCUGGGGAUAUAGAGUUAAAAAAGUGCCGAGUGGUAAGGGUACCAUUGUGUUCGCCAAGGGAAACUUCUGGGGCCGUUCAUUAGCGGCCUUAUCGGCUUCGACAGAUCCAAAUUGCUAUACGGAUUUCGGUCCUUAUGUGCCUCUUUUCGAGAAGGUGCCAUAUAACGAUGCGGUCGCUCUGGAACAAAAGUUUCAAGAGAAUCCGAAUAUCUGCGCGUUCAUGAUGGAACCCAUUCAGGGAGAAGCUGGCGUUGUUGUGCCGACUGAUGGUUAUCUGAAACGUGUAAGAGAAUUGUGCACGAAAUACAACGUUCUGUGGAUCGCCGAUGAAGUGCAGACUGGUCUUUGCAGAACUGGCACGCGUUUGGCAAUUGAUCACGAAGGCUAUAGACCGGAUAUACUUAUUUUGGGAAAAGCGCUCUCCGGUGGGAUGUAUCCAGUUUCUGGUGUCCUGGCGGAUGAUCAGAUAAUGCUCUGUUUGGAAACGGGCUCGCAUGGGAGCACCUUCGGUGGGAGUCCGCUUGGGAAUAGAGUCGCUUUGGAGGCGGUUAAAAUUCUAGAGGAGGAGAAUCUAGCGGAGAACGCGAGGAGACUCGGAAAAAUUCUGAAAGAAGAACUGGAUAAGCUGCCAAAGGACAUCGCGACGGAAUUCCGUGGACGUGGUCUUCUGGCCGGUCUAGUGAUAAACAAAGAAUUCGCUGAGGGUUGGGACAUCUGUCUAAAGCUGAGAGACGCUGGAUUAUUAUCGAGACCCGCACAUGGUCAAAUCAUUAGAAUAUCGCCUCCGUUAACAAUCACGGAAGAACAAUUACGAGAAGGAAUAAACAUUCUCAUUACGGUCCUCAAAAGUUACAAAUAAAUUUAAUAUUUCACCACGAUUGUAAGCAUAUUAUUUGCGAAAUAGAUUACUUUUCGUUAUCGUA